GUUGGGAAAUAAUUUGGCGCUCUCCAGAACAAAUAUCAGAACACAAAAUUUCGAUUUUGGUUGGAAGACUCGAAAUUAGGGUUUUUGACUCACUACAAUGUCUUACCCUCCAGAAAUCGCCUCUCAGUUUGACAUACCUGACCUUGAAAAGGAUAAAUUGGUAGGGGAAGUGAUCCGCUACAUCCUCUUCAAAACCGAGCAAAAUUCAGGCUGUCCAAUUAGAAGGGAGGAACUGACUCAGUUGAUUACGGCUAAAGGGUAUAAGCAGAGAAAUUUUCCUUCUUUUGUAAUCGACGAGGCCAAAUCCAAACUCUCUUCAAUCUUCGGCUAUGAAAUGAGAGAACUUCAGCGCUCUCGGCCUUCGGCAGCAGCCAACACAGGCCGUGCUUCGCAAUCACAACAGUCUGUUGGUGAUGCAAAAUCGUAUAUAAUCAUAAGUAAGCUGCCUUCUGAUGUCUAUGGAAAAUUUGUAGAGGAUAAGAGUUCAGUACAUCUGUCAGGCUUAACUUUUGUCGUAAUUGGGAUAAUUCAUUUAGCAGGAGGCAAAAUCACGGAAGAAAAUCUUUGGCAUCAUCUAAAGCGCUUGGGAUUGCAUGAAAAUGAGGAAAACCAUCCGAAAUUUUCAAAUACCAAACAGGCGUUAGAAGCACUUGUCCAGCAAAGAUAUUUGCAGAAAGAAAAAGUUAAUGGUCCUGAAGGCAACAUUGUGCAUUAUGAGCUUGCUGAGAGAGCUCUAGAUGCGCCUAUUUACGACAAGAUCAAAGAAUAUGUAGCUCAGAUGGUGCAGAAAGAUGCAACGCCAUUGGAAUAUGAUUAGACAUCUCCUUUUGCUCCGGCUGUACAUGGGACAAGUAUAUGCUAUUCAACGUGACCUUUUGUGUAUAAGCUUGAACUGUAAGUGAGUUCUUCUGGAUUGUGGUAGAGUUUGUUGGAUUGAUUGGAUGGUUGAUGAACAAUGUCAUUAGUUAUGUAGCUGCUGCUAGUAUUGGAAAAGAAACCUUAAUCUUGUCAAUAGCAUCUGUUUUGCGGUCAAAUUGCACUGGAUUUGUCAAAUACAUGUGCAGUGGAUGCAUGUUGAACAUUGUGACAAAUCUUCUUUAUGCAAAAUUUUAGUUUUUCUCAAA